GCAAGGUCUUGGGCUGGAAUCGAGGCGACAGGGCCUCACAGUAAGCCGUGGCUGUGCCUGUGGCGUUUGGACCCCUGCAGGUAGCCGCUGCUUAGUCAUUGAGGGGUCCAAGAAACGCCCCGAAAUCCGGUGCUUUGGAAUCAAGCUCUCCACUCUAAUUUUCCUCUGCAAGACAGUGGCGGCCCUCGGCGCUGGCUCGGUCAGCGCAUCACGUCACGACUCUCAUCGUCAAUCUCCAUAUCUUAGUACCCUUGAUUGAUUUAGUAGCGACUGGAGCCCGUAGAUAUAGAAAUUGAACCUCCAAUCCCCCCGACGUAUGUAGCUCUACUUCAAACAGACACUCUUCCUCUCAGUGCUUGUCGCGAUCAUAGCUGCCGCCACCAUGUCGAACAACCUCUUCGCGCGCAUCGUGCGCCCCUUCACCGUGUCCAACCGUCUGUCCAUUGCGCCGGACAGUCCCGCGUCCGCCACGCCGCUCCCCGAGAACGCCCAGCGCUGCACCGUCGCGGCCGGAUGCUUCUGGGGCACAGAACACCUGUACCGAAAGGCCUUUGAGGGCAAGGGCCUCCUGGACGCAAAGGUCGGCUACAUUGGUGGUGACCUCGAGAACCCUUCCUACAGAGCCGUGUGCGGCGGCAGGACUGGCCACGCCGAGGCGGCGCAGAUCAUCUUCGACCCUGAUCAGGUCUCCUACCGCCAGCUCCUCGAAUUCUUCUACCGCACACACGACCCCACAACCCUGAACCGUCAAGGGCCCGACACCGGCCCACAGUACCGCUCCGCCAUUUACUAUCACAACCCGGAGCAGGAGAAGGACGCCCGGGAAAUCACCCAGCUGGCCAACGAGAAGUGGUGGCACGGCGGCAUCGUCACCGAGCUCGCGCCCGCCGGCAAGUGGUGGUCCGCCGAAGAGUACCACCAAAAGUAUCUGCACAACAACCCCGGGGGCUACGAGUGCCCAAGUCACUUUAUCAGGAAAUUGCCACCGCUGGAGUGACUGGGCCAGGAAGGUCUGGGGCAGACGAUGUGGAAUAGGGUCAUGGGUACAAGAAUUAUGCGAGCCGUCAUUUAUUAGGGUAUGGGAAGGUUGCCGUAUGAGCAUCCUGCACGGGAGCUUUGAUGAAAAUAUCCGGCUGGACAUUAUGAGUCAGUGGCGCACGGCGCUUAUCAGGAAUUGAGUGUGGACGUUCAACAUCAAUGGUUUCAGUUAUGA